GCUGCCACGGUGACACGGCGGAACGCCAACUGGACCCAGUCGAACUGUUAUCAUUGGACCGACCCCCCACAAGUCAAUCAUUCUGCCACAGCUCGCCCACAAACUUCUGCUUUCCUGCCAGAAUCUCAAAGAACAAAACUGACCGUCAUUUCACGACUCUUCGUUCUGUUUGUUGCCGAUGCACGCCUUGAAACCUUUGGUUGGUGAUGGGUCGAGCGAUGUGGUCAUCCAACCAGCCAAUCCUCCAAUCACUGACAAGUGAGUUGGCCCAGGUUGCGACCCAACUCUGUUCGAGGCAGAUUUCCUGUAUCCUCCCGCCAAAGAGGCAUAGAGGGGAGAGGGGCAUACGGACAAUGCGAAGACGACAGACGACAUCACCAGGUCCCUAGCUGAGAUGGUGGGAUGAUUAUAAAUUUCAAGUUUCUUCUCCCAUCAUUCUCGUUUCGUGUGCUCUACUAACCAGAUCACGGUUCUUAAUCCAGUUGCUCAUCGAAACAUCUCAAAUCCUUCACUGAAUUAUCUUCUGACCCCCUUCGUUCCGUCCAAACAUUCCCUCAACAUGCCCAGCGCAACACUCCCCGCUCAACCCUCCACACCCGUCCCGCUAGCUCCCAGCCAGGCAAAGCGGCUUUAUGGGGCCAUUCACCUCUUCUGUGCCCUGAAGAAUGCACUUCCCCAUGUGUCGAACCCCCAUACGCCGGACGAUGACUCUAUUGUUACCACCCCCGACGACGAUCGCGCCCUGUAUAGGUGCUUUGUCAACAAGAUUGCGCAAAUUUGCGAUACCAAGCAUGGGGGAGACACCGUCACGAGCGUCAUGAUUGUCCAGCCUGGUCAGGUGGAAUACUGGAUUGCCUCUAAUAGUCGCAGCAAGACACAUAUCGCCGAGGUCAAGAAGUUUUUGUCUGACGAGAUCUUGAAAGUACUUGGGAACAUGAAAGGGCAAGAUCUGGAAGACGAAGCCAAGGUCAAGGCCGUCUCGGACAGUCUGUUGAAGAAGGUCAUCGUGUACUGUCGGUGGCGCCUGUACAAGUACCUCCGAACAUUGGUUAACAAUAUUGGACUUUGCCUUGAGAGCUGCGCCAAGGACUCUGGUGCUGAGGGACGCCUGCAGGAGCUACUUCCGAUUGCCGAGGCAGCGGUGGCCUCUUGGCCCCAUGAUCGCCUGUCCUUCACCCAAGAGACCUACCGCCUCCUCAUGGCACUCAAAAAAUCCUACACCUCCUCCUUUGCCUCCUUCCUCCGCCUCAAAGCCCCCUCCUCGGAGAACGUCUCGAAAUCGUCCCCAGAGAACGACAGCCCCGCUUCCCCUUGGAUCGAAACUCGCCACGCCAUCGGCCGCCUCCACUCCUACACCCUCGCCAUCCGCGUCUUCAUUGUCGCCCGCGGAAAAUGGCCCGACCUCUUCGAGUCCCCCGAAGUCAUCCCAUACGACUCCCCAGCUAAGCUCCCUAGCCCCCUCCAGAUCAAGGAAAGAAUGUGCACAGGCAAAGACCUCCUCCACCGCCUCACCACCGACGAUGAAGUUCACGCCGCUUACGACUUCUUUUCCCCCCAGCUCCAAGCCAGGGAUUUCGACGCCGGCCUCAAAAAUGCCAUCAAAGGCCCCAAGUGCAUCACCACCGUCCAUGCAGAAGUAACACUCUUGUUCAACCUCCGCAGGGAGACCCUUUACCCUUCCCCUGGCAGGGAGGAUGCACAUUGGGAUUUCUUCAUGGAGGAUAAAUUUGGGAGGUACAUCGGUUGUUCCAAGCCCACUUGCAUGCUGUGUGACAUUUACUUUGAGGCUUUUCCCGUCAAGGUGGAUAGGAGAAAGGGACACGGCAAUUUGUAUCCUAAGUGGAGGGUGGCGGAUAUCAUCCAGGAGUGGAUGGUGAAUGAAGCAGUGGAAAUGUUGGUGAGGGAGAGGAAGAAUGUGAUUGAGGAGAUGAUCAAGACGCUGAAAAAGGAGGUGAAGGGGGUGUUGGUGGAGAGGAGGGGAUGGAGGGGGAGUAGACAUGAUAGUCGGGCUACGCCUUCGAAUCCGUUUGGGUCUGCGGUCACAGCUGCGGGGAGCGUGAGGGGUGGUUUGACAGAGGGGAGGUUGAUGCAAGCGCAGGCUGGCCUGCAUGGGAGUGUGGGUAGUGGAAGUGGGAGUGUUCAAGGUCGUGGUAGGCGGGGGAGGUUGGUGUUGGAGGAGGUGGAGGAGGUGGAGGAGGUGCAGGGUGAGACUGAUGGUGACCAGGGGGAGUGCAUGGAGGGAGAGUCUGUGGAGGAGGUCAGCAGAUUGAUGGGUCAGUUGAGUGUCACUUGCGGUCGUAAGGAGGAGGAGGAUGAUGAUGAUGAAGGUGGCGCCAAGCUCUAGGCAUCUUAUUUCGGUACCUAGCUCUGCGGGUGGCGAUGACCAUGGUGCGAUGGUAUUUUUGUGGCAACUCAGGGCUUUCAUGUCAACGUUGUGCGAUAGACAACAUAUUGAGAAUAGGCCGCUGGAAGGUAAGCACUUGAUGAGAAAUAAGAUGGAUAGUGAAACACAUAUGACAUGCCAAGCCCACUGUCCGCGCGGUGGUUGAUAAUACAAUCUUUAGGGCUGCAAAGCCAGUGGAGACA